AUGACAAUCAUAUUAAGAAAAGCAACAGAGCAGGACAUCCCCCUCAUCGCCGCCCUCGCCAGCAAAGCAUUCCAUCCCGCAUCCGACUGGAUCACCCGCCAAAUCUUCCCCCUGCACCUCCAACCUCCAACAGUUCCCGACGGAGAAGCCGCUCUGCCAUGGCGCCUGUCAAGAAAAACAGCGAGUUUGCGCGGCCCGAAUACCGCUUCGAUAGUCGCGAUUGAUACAGCUCUGAAUGACCAGAUUGUCGGCUUUGCGCUGUGGGAUCUGCCGGUUGGAGAGGAGGAAACGGAGGCGGAGAUGGUUACACCUGCGGAGGCAGAAUUGCCGGCGGACGUAACCGAUUUGAAGGCUUAUGCGCAACUUCAGAAUCUCGACUUCAUCGGCGUCGAUCCAAACCACCAACGGAGAGGAAUUGGCAGGGCCCUUUUAUCAUGGGGCAUUGAACAAGCUACAAAAGCAGGCAGAGACUGCUAUCUCAUGGCUACGCCCCAAGGACGACCGCUUUAUGAAGAUGCUGGUUUCGAGGUUGUGCGGCCUUUGGAUAUGUUUGGGGUGAUGCAUCAUUCGAUGAUACUCAAGGCUAAGAGCGUGAAUGGAACAAGAGCAUGA